AUGACUUCUACUUUACCAACAACUAUGACCACCGAACUUGCAAACCUCGUCACCAAACAGCUGAGCUUGGAGGAUUCUCGUCAACAAAGGGUUGCUGCUAUAGAGCGAAUGAUGAGGACUAAUACGAAGGCCAAGAUAAGCCGACUUGAGCAACCAGCAGAUGUGAAACCUUUUCUUGAUUGCGUGAACAAAAUAAGGGGUCAGAAAGAGAACUCUGAGCUUCUACUGAGCAUCAUAGAACGUGCAAAGGAUCAACGCUUGCCAGGGCGAUCAGAAUGCAAGGUAAAGGCCUCAAAGAUUCGCGACCUAGUGAACUGUGAGCCAUGCGGCGACAUCUUAUCAAAGGUUGGCUUCAGGCUUGAGCGAGAGGAAAUGCAGGAGAUAUAUAGGAUUCCGGACAUGGCUGCCCGUCCAGGUUUCAUCACGGGGAUAAAGGGGCUUGAAGGGGAAGUGCGAGCGACAUGGGAGAGGGAGGAACGAGAGCGCCUCGCUGAAAAGGGGGCAAAGGAGCAAGUUUUGGACAAUAUCGAGAAGGAUAAACGCAGAAGGGCGGCGAAAUGUCUCCCGCAACAGCAAGCCAGCCGGUUUCAGGCGACUGAGGAACCGUUAGGAUCACGCAGCAGCUCCACUUUGUAG